UUUUGUAUGACAUCACUGAUGGCAUCACUGAUGACACAAAUGUUUUGAUGAUUUGUCUUCAGUUUUAACUUCAUUUGUUUGAACAGUUGUUUCGUUAAAUUAUAAGACUUUUUGGACAAACUAUGGAUAAAAUAGAUUUAACGGUUUUUUCUGACGACAACUUUGAUGCCAUCAAUUGGAUCAACAACUGGUUCGCAGCCAUUGAUGACAAGUCAUCGACCGAAAUAAUUGCCACUAAUUUAGUCUUUAAAUUACAACUUUUGGUUCAAGAGGUGAAUAAUUCUUUGGGCGAAAAUGCACAACAAAUGGUCAACAAUUUGCCGAAAGUCUUGAGAGAAACUGAAGACUUGCAAAAGGAGUCAAUACUUCUUAAGGAACAAAUGGCAAAACAUAAGGAUAAGUUGGACAAAAUGUCUUUAGAUUCUUCAAAAUCAAUUGAGAAACUAAUGGCAUUGGAUGUCAUUAAGACCAGAAUGACUGACACGUGUAAAGCUCUCGAAGAGGCCGACAAUUGGACCACUCUUUGGACAGAUGUCGAGGAAGUGUUGGUCAGCGGAGACAGAGCUGCCAUUGCAUCCAAAUUGGUUGGAAUGCAAAAUAGUUUAGACAUUCUUAUCGAUGUUCAAGACUAUGAACAACGUGUUCAGCGACUGGAAGAGCUUAAGGAUAAAUUUGAAUCUUUGAUUGAAUCUGAUGUCAUAAAUAGUUUUUCAUCACAAGUGAUAUCAGAUUCGGCACAUAUUUAUAUUAAGCUCUUCAAAGACAUGAAACGAUUGCCUAAAUUGAAAUGUUAUUAUCAUAAAUGUCUUAAAGACCAAAUUCUUCACGAAUGGAAACGAAUCAUUGCUUUAGAUCCCGAAGAGAAUGUCAUGGAUUGGAUGAACGCAUUGCAUGAUUAUCUGUUAUCUCUUUGGCACUCACAGACCAACUUCUGUACUCAAAUGUUAUUUCCCAAUGAUUUUGAUACUACAGUUGAGACAUUGAGUGAUUUGUUUGUCGAUGUCUUUUCAUCACUUGAUCCAAAUCUUACUCAUUGUAUGAUUGAAUGCAUCGAAAAACAAGUCAAUAGUUUAGAAAGUAUUCAUUUCAUAAUAGAGAUGAAACAAUUUACAUAUCAUUUCGCUAAAAGCAUUGAAUUAAGUAUUGAAUCCAAUUUAUCGGUAAAAUUGUUAAACAAACCAAAUGUCCAGUUAUUGGCUCAGGUAUUAUACUCUCCAUACCAGCACUUGUUAGACAAAUACAUUGAUUUGGAAAAGCAAUCCCUUAGCAAACAUUUGCAAACAUUGGAGGCCAGCGGACAGCCCAGUGAAACGUUGGGUAAAGCGUUUACAUUUGCUAAAGAAGUGGAGAAACGGUGUCACCAAUUGUGUCAAUCGGUAGCCAUUCCUUGUUUACUACCUAUUCUUCAGAAUUAUUUUAUGCAAUAUUUAGCAUAUUUUAAGUCAAGUGCUUCACGAAUAAGAGUUAAAUCUGAUUCAAUAGACAACAGCUCUUCAAUACCAGAUUUUUCACUCUUUCAGUUGUCUUUAUUUACACUUCAAGCCAGCGGUGAACUUGUUAUUCAAACAGAACUCUUUCAGCAACAACUUUAUACGACUUUGAUUGAUAUCUCGAAGAAAAUAUUAACAAAUUCUAGUAACGAAACUAUGAGUCCAUUCAAUCGUUUCGAUCAAUUGAUACUAUCGGCAAACACUCGAAAACAAUUAACACAAUUAUUGGAUGUUUUGAUCGAAACGGAAAGUUCGGCCACUAUUUUAGAGUCAGUUCUUGAAGAAUGUAAAAACAUAUGUUCGAUGAGUGCAUCGAUUGUUAUCGACUGUGCCAUGAAUUACAUCCAAAAUCAUUUGAAUGAAGUCUCAAAAUUAGUUACCGAUUCGUUUAAGGAGAAUGUCUUGAGUUGUGAGGAGGAAGACAUGCAUUCGUUUAGUUUAUCGCCACAGGAGUACAUCACACAAAUCGGACAGUAUUUGCUAACAAUACCUCAACAUUUGGAACCGUUUGUAUUGGAAGAUAAUAUAGCAUUCAAAGUGGCCUUAAAGUACAUCCGACUCAUUAAAGACUAUAGUUUUGAACCGACUGUUAGCGAUACUAAUGCCGCCGAAUAUCUCUUGGAUUGUAUGACUCAGAGAACAAUUGACUCCUAUAUUAAUACCAUUACUAAACUCAACAAAAUAACUAAUUUUGCGAAACAACAGCUCAUCACUGAUAUCAGCUAUUUGUGUGAUGUAUUGGAUGACUUGGGAUUGACUCCAAGCCAACAGUUCCAACUAUUAUUGAAAAUAUUGAAGUCAUCACCAGACGAGUUCCAGCAGAUUAAACAAACCAAUAAUUCUAUGUUUGUUAAUGCAAUCGAAACUUUACUUUCAAAAUAAUUUGUUAAUCAUAUAAGUUAUAAAUAUUAAAAUACAAAUCAUUUAAUAU